AUGGAUAAUGUGAAGAAUUCUUAUAAUCUCAUUGAUAUCACGACUUUGUUCGACAAGACUCAAACGCUGUAUCCGAAUGCGGAUGCUGAAAUUUACCGGGAGAAACACAAACGGAGAAAAAACUUCGAGGGACCACUGAAUACAGUAACCCAGGUGUUCAACUUUAUUAUAACACAAAUAGUAGAUAUAAGCAAUAAAACAAAUUGUUUUAAAGAAAAAAAAUACACUCAAAAAUAUUCGAAGCAAUGGGAACAAGACGAAAACUUAAAAGCAUUUUCGAUAAUCUUAAAUUGGAUAGCUCCUGAUCCUACUGGUAACUGUCAAAAAGCUUAUUGUAAAUAUUGCCGUACUAUUUUAGUAGCACAUAAAAAAGAUCUAGGCAAGCAUGCGAUAUCAAUUAAACAUAAAAAUGCUGUUGAUAAAGAUAAACAAGCAAAAUUAUGUCGUCCAAUAAAUGUGAUAAAACCUCCUAACAAUAAAUUAGAUAACUUGACAGAAUUGUUGAAAAAAAUUGAACCGGAUUCGAAUGUUUUUAGUAAGAUGAAAUUGCAUCGAACCAAGUGUGCAGCACUUAUAAAAAAUAUUUUAAGCCCGUGUAUGCUCGAGGACUUAGUGAAUGAUAUGAAGAAAUCUCCCUACUCACUUAUUAUGAAUGAAUGCACUGAUAUAUCGACUGAAAAAAUUCUAUGCAUAAUGGUACGAUAUUUUUCUUUUAAAAAGAAAGAAUUAUUGACUACAUUUUAUGGUAUUGUAACAAUAGUUGACGCAACUGCUAAUGGUAUUCAUUCGGCUUUAAAAUUACAAUUAGAAGCUGAUGGACUUUCUUUAAAAAAUUUAGUCGGUAUUGGAGUUGAUGGUGCAAAUGUGAUGGUCGGUGUCAACCAUUCUGUUUCAUCGCUUUUGAAACAAGAAGUACCUGAUAUUGUAAUUAUCAAAUGUAUCUGUCACUCUCUCCAUUUGUGCGCUGAAAAAGCUGCAGAAACAUUACCUCGCCAACUAGAAUAUCUUGUCAGAGAAGCUCACAAUUGGUUUUCCAAUAGUCCAAAGCGUAAGGAUGAAUAUAAAAAACUUAAUAAGGUCAUGAAUAGUGAUGAAGCUAAAAAGAAUCCGAAAAAAAUUGCUGGUCUGAGCGGGACUCGUAAAGAUUUCUUGGUGAAACUAUGUACUGAAAUUCAGGAACGAUUGCCUAUGAAUAUUUCUAUAUUGAAAUCAACGAAUGUCUUGACACCGACUUACGCUACAUCACAGAGAAAACCUGAUUUAUCCAAAUUGUUGGAACAAUUCACUAGGGAAUCAUUGUAUGGAUCAAAAGAUAAUAUUAUCAAAGAAUGGAACAUCUUAUCUCAUAAACAGUGGGAUAAUACGAAUGAAACUGUAUCAUUUUGGUCAGAAGUUUACGAGGAUCGUGAUUCAGGCAGUAAUAGAAGAUUUGAAAAUGUUUCUAAAUUUGCUUUAGCACUGUUAACUACUCCCAUUUCAAAUGCUGAUAUUGAAAGAGCAUUUUCCAUAUAUGAUGUGAUAAAGGAUAAAUUAAGGAACAAGUUAGCACUUAGAAAUGGUUCAGAGUAUCAUGAUGGAGAUUACGAACAGUGCACUUCAUUUGUUCCCACUAAAGAAAUGCUGAGCAGAUUUACGGUACACAUGUAUGAUUUUAAAAACGACACUGAAAAAGUAAGUGAUGUAGAGUUUCAAGAACUGCUUGAUAUAACAAAUGCAAUAUAG